UCAUAGCCAUGCCGCUCGCACCCCCGCUCAACUUUCGCAAGUGGCUCGACGAGAACGCGCACCUGCUCAAGCCGCCCGUGAACAACUUUUGUCUGUACUCGGGCAAGGACUACAUCGUCAUGGCCGUCGGCGGCCCGAAUGAGCGCAACGACUACCAUGUGAACGAGACCGAGGAAUGGUUCUAUCAGCACAAGGGCGGCAUGCUCCUGCGGGUCGUCGACGAUAGCGAGUUCCGGGACAUCCGUAUUGAGGAGGGCGAGAUGUUCCUGUUGCCUGCUAACACUCCGCACAAUCCUGUGCGCUUCGCGAACACCAUCGGCCUUGUCGUAGAGCGUGUGCGACCUGACGAUGCCACAGACCGCCUGCGCUGGUAUUGUAAGGCAGGCGCUCACGACCAGCCGACAAUCAUCCGAGAGGAGUCCUUCCAUGUUACAGACCUCGGUACACAGCUCAAGCCGCUCAUCCAGAACUGGAUGAACGACGAGGCUGUGAGGAAGUGCCCACAGUGUGGUAUUGUUGCUGAGGCAAAGUAAAACCUCACCAAGAUCGCGAAGAAGUUAUUCAGUAUGUAUGUACUUAUGCCGCAUUAUCGGUCAUGUGUGUGCCCUUGACAUGCAUAAUUUGGUGACACUUCCGAUAUCGUUACAUUUGCUCAAGUCCUAAUGCUAUAGUCGGUCCGUACAAGCUGUGUAAAUUACUGUACGCCAGGGAGUUUACGGCCUGACGAAUUCAUUUCAGCGGGCUGCGCUCGAACGGGGA